AUGGAGAAAAUUCUUACUGUAUUGAAUUAUACUGAGCAGCAGAAGGUUUUCUUCACCACCUUCAAACUAGCUAGAGAAGCUGAACGGUGGUGGCAUGCGAUGAAACUAUUAGAGGAACAGCGAGCGGUACCUAUAGCAAUGACUUGGGAUCAUUUCAAGCAGGUCUUCUACGACCGAUAUUUUCCCACCACCAUAAGAAAUGCAAAGGCGGAAGAAUUUUUUAGCUUGACUCAAAGGCGCCUCACUGUUCAACAAUACGCUACUAAAUUUAUGGAGUUCUCUCGUUUUGCACCUUCUGUGGUUCCAAACAAAUAUCAGAAGGCGAGGUGGUUUGAGAGGGGCCUGAAUCAGAGGAUCCACAAGCAUAUGGUGUGUUUGCAAAUUCAAGAUUUCACGGAGUUGGUGGAGAAAGUUACGGUGGAAAAGUCAAGUUUGUAG